AUGCCGCAACUCGCCUCCACCUAUCGCGCUGCCCCCGAAGACGUCCCCACCCCCCAGUGGUUCCUCGACCACGACUUUCACCUCUCCUUCCUCCACCUGCCCGGCAACGAAGUCGCCGGGUACAGCGAGCCAUCCGCAUGCCAAUACGUGGGGUGGCUCCUUCUGCAACCCAACCCGGAGUUGCGCAACGUCUUGGAAUGGCGAUUCCGGGACGUCCCGCCCGCCAGUCAUGCCUGGGCCAUCUACGGCGAGUCGGUCGUCACCCUCACCCACCUCCGGACCCUCGACUGGGACCUGCGGGCCACAACAAUCGCCAUGUCUGACCACGCUUUAGAUAUCAUUUGCGCCCCCCAUCAUCUCUUUUUCAUCGCUGACCUCGUCAACCACAUAGAGCAGGUCGACCGCGAACGCGAGCGGACCUGGCUGGAGCGCGUCCUCGCCACCAACGACAGCCACGCCGCCUCCCCUAUUCCCCCCACCCCGCCUCUGCCCGCCCCAGAAUGGGGAAACCCGGCUGACGUCUCCGGAUGGGGCGACACCAACGUCGGCUGGAGCAACACUAACUGGGGGAACGUCCCCAUGGACGAGGCCGACGUGGAGUGGUCCUCCCCUGUACAACCUUUGCGCCGCUCCCCUCCACCCCGCGACUCCCCCUCCCCAACACUGCAGCACCUCCGCCCGAUGCCCGAUCGCCUACGCUCCGGUGCGCCCCCUCCGACCCGUACGCGCCCCUCUCCCCACUCUUCCAGCCCCACCCCCCGCUCCCCGAGCCCCGUCGACGAGAACGGACCCCCGUUCACCAUGGUCGUCGACCCCGCGUCGCCCCUGGAGUGGCCGACCUCAACCGUCCGAACGGUCCUCGGCACCAUCAGCGGAGGCGACCUCACCGACGCCACCGACCCCGACGCCCUGUCCGCGCCCCCUACCCCUCCAACCCCCCCGCUCCGCCAACCCAGACCCCGCACCCCCCCGUACCCCGCCCCCGCCCCAGGCCCAACCACAGUCCACUGGCGGACGCCCCUUCUGGGCCACCCAGCAUACGGGGGGGCCCUCCUCUACGACGAGCGACUCCCGGACGGCUGGCAAAUCGGGCCGGAAGAGCCCCGCCGCGUCGGUGGACACCCUUGGGAGUGGCGCAUCUCGGGCCACCUCAAUGGGACUGCUCUUCUCGAGGUCCAACUCCGGAGCUACGCCUGGGACGAGCGGUGGGAGCACAUCCCUGGCAUCGACAACGCCUACCUUAUUGGCGUCUUAGCCGACAACCUCCACCCCAGCGGACAAUUCACGGAGAAUCAGUACCUUGGAUUCCUUUGGGCGAUGAUCCAGGCGCGCGACCCCUCCGCCCUCGUCACCGACUACAACAUAUGGUGA